UUCCAUCCUGCCGACUUUAAAAUGCCAGUCAUGGUCCGCUCUGGAGCUUCUGCGUCAGACUUCGUCAAGGAAACAGAGCCAGCCACAAUCCUGACUAUCGCACGGUCUCUAUUCGAUAUUGAUGAGAAACUUUUCGACGAAGACUCCUGGGACCAGAUCCUCAGCCAAGUCAAAAAUGCUGCCCAAAACCAAGUGGCUUGGUUCCGUUGGGCGAUGAAACAACCAAGACCACAGAUCACGAGUAGUGCACUGGAUUGGGAGCAGGCAUUGGUAACUGGCCACCCUGCACACCCCAUGCAUCGAUCUUCCGCCGUCCGACUUUCGGGUCCGUUUCGAAGACUUCUGGAACCAUUACUUGCAAAUUUCGAUCUGCCUGCGGUCGGAUCCAACGAUAUCAUUUUCCCUUGCUUGUCAAGACAAUGGCCAGCAAUUCGAGACAACUUCCCAUCGGCCUACAUGCUGGUCCCAGAUGCGAUCGAAGCAGAAGCUCAAGCAUCGAUUCGCACAGUGACCAUUCCGAGCAGGUACCAAUUUCAUUGGCAUCUCAAGACUGCUCUUGCAUGCACCAUUACCUCUGCCCUUCGGACCGUCACUCCCUGGACUGCUUGUGUUGGACCGGAGCUUUCCGAUGUGCUCAAGGACUUGGUCCCAGAUGAUCUAUGGAUUGCGAGCGAGGUGGCUUCUAUUACCGGAUCUCAGGCCAACUUUGAUGAAGCAAAGCACAUCUCGUGCAUUCUUCGCGAGGAUCUCGAACCUCGGGCAGAGUCUCUGAACCAGAGCUUGAUUAUCUGCGCAGCACUCGCGGAAUGCCCAUAUGGUAGUUCGGAAUGUAACGCUGCUCUGGCAUUUGAUCUCCACGACGCUGAGACAAAGAUUGCCUGGCUGGCGGAGUAUACUUCCGUAUUGGUUGAAUCGAUUCUUUCGCCAGCUUUAGACAGCGGCAUCUGCCUCGAAGCUCAUGGCCAGAAUAUGCUCGUCCGAGUUGACAAAACGUCAAAGAAGAUUGUCGGCUUCGCCGUACGAGAUGUUGGAGGAAUCAAAUGCCACAUGCCAACGUUACGGAGUCGGGGCUACGAUCUCUUGUCGGCGCUUCCAGGAAGCUUCGUGGUAUGCGAUGACGAGGAAGAAGCUUGGAGCAUCGUGCAACACACUCUGAUCAACAAUCACUUGCAUCAUUUGAUUCGUCGACUCCGUGUCCCUCAAGGCCAAGCAUGGCAGAUGAUACGAGACCAGAUUGAAGGAUUUUUCAGUCGGCGUCCCAAGAGUGAUGUGGCCCAGAGAUUCCGGGAGUCCCUGUUUCGGCCAGAGGUCCACAGCAAGGCGUUUCUGAGGAUGAAGAUGCAAGGUUUAUACAGAGACUAUGUACACACCACCGUCCCGAACGUCUUACUCACCCGAUGAGAAUGGUCCGCAUAGUACGAGCUUGCGGAUGUGGAAGCUUGCAGACUGCAUUUACAUGUAACCUCGUUUUGAGUCCAUUCGGCGAUGAUGUUGGGAGAGGCAGGCGCGAGGAACGCGGUCCAGGGGAGGCGACCUGUAAAAUCACUUAUAGAAGCGACUUAGAGGAGUUAUAAAUGGAGUUUCGGGAGAGUGAGACCUUGUUGUGGUUCUGAACAGCUCCUGUUGCUCGUGCCGGGAACAGUCCGCGGAUCCAAUCAUCGGUCGAACAUUAGAAU